CUCUCUCUCUCUCUCUCUCUCCUGUUUAUGCUUUAUGGAUCUCACCCUCAUAGCACCAUUUCUAUUUUGCUCAACCCUAAUAAUGAUAUAUCUCUUCAUCCUCAUCAAAAACCCAUCCCCUAAAAAAAUCUACAUGCUAGAUUUCGCAUGUUACAAGCCACCGAUGGCCCAAACCAUGACGAAAGAAGGCACGGUGGCCCGAGCCAGGUCGACCGACUGGUACAAAGAAGAGACGUUGGAGUUCAUGCAGAAGACGCUGGAAAGAUCAGGGCUCGGCGACUCCACCUUCUUCCCGGAGGCCUUUUUCAAGGAUCCACCGGACCCGACCCUGGAAGACGCGAGGAGGGAGAUGGAGAUGUCGAUUUUCGGGGCCGUGGACGAGCUUUUGGCAAAGACCCAAGUGAAGGGUAGGGAUAUCGGGAUUGUGGUGGUGAACUGUUGUAUUUUCAGCGUCGUGCCUUCUCUUUCUAGCAUGAUUGUGAAUCGGUAUCAGAUGAGGGAGGGUGUCAUUAGCUAUAAUCUGAGUGGAAUGGGUUGCACUGCUGGGCUUACUGCUAUUAACCUUGCCAAACAGUUGCUUCAGGUACAUCGCGAGUGCUAUGCUUUAGUAGUGAGUACGGAGAGCAUCACCCAAAAUUGCUAUGCGGGCAGCGACCGCUCCAAGGUCCUAAUCAAUUGCUUGUUUAGGCUCGGCGGGGCCGCCAUCCUCCUCUCCAAUCGGCCGUCCGAUCAGCAUUCAGCAAAGUACCAACUCGUUCACACCGUCCAUACCCACACCGCGGAAUUCGACAAAUCAUACGAUUGCAUCAGCUCGGGGGAAGACAAGGAGGGACACCUAGGGGUUACCGUCACCAGAGACCUGUUGGUCGCAGCGAUCGGAGCCAUACAAUCCAACAUAACCGCAUUGGCUCCCCUGGUCCUUCCCGUCUCCGAACAGCUCCGGUACGCCGUGUGCUACGUCGUAAGGCGUCUCCACGUGGCAAAUAUCGGGCCGUACGUUCCCGAUUUCAAGAAGUCUUUCCGUCACUUCUUGCCACAUGUUGGUGCGAAACCGGUACUGGACGAACUGCAGAGGAGCUUGAGGCUGACAGAGAGUGACAUGGAAGCUUCUAGAAUGACACUUUACAGAUUUGGGAAUACUUCUAGCAGUACAGUGUGGUACGAACUGGCCUAUGCUGAAGCCAAGGGGAGGGUGAAGAGGGGCGAUCGGGUGUGGCAGAUGGCCUUCGGGUCGGGGUUCAAGUGCUGUAGCGUCGUAUGGCGUGCAAUCAGGACCGUCGAUCGUGAUCAGGUGAUGAACGUGUGGAGCGAUGAGAUUGAUGGGUUUCCUGUGGACCUCAACAACAAUUCUCCAUUCACUUACUUCUUUGAAUCGUCCGAACGCACGAAAUCGAACUAGUUUUUUUUUUUUGUUACAUUUACCACACUUAAGUAUCACAUGAUUGUUGGGAACUUUCAAAUUUCUUCAAAAUAAUGUUGAUCGAAUAUCUGUAAACAAACUAUUAAAGCAUAUUUGUUUUCGAAUAAAUGAGUUUCAUUCAAUGUACGUCCAGCUUAUUUUUCAAGA